GGCGGCCGAUGAGAGUCUGGAUCGAAUAGCAUGAAAACGAGGCAUCGAGGGCCAAGUCUCGUGUUUACGUAUGUAAAUUAAUGGCAAAGAAAAAGAGCAUCAUGCCGCAAAAUUGCUGUGUCCCUGGCUGCACUAAGAAAGUUUACGAAGAAGAUGGUAUUAAGAUCUCUUACCACAAGUUUCCUGAAAAUAGAGAUUUAUUUAUGAAGUGGAUCGUUGCCAUUCGAAGAGAUGAGGGUAAAGAUUUCAAGGUGACAGAACACACGAGAGUUUGCUCGCGACAUUUCAAAUCGUCAGAUUAUCUACCGUCACUCACAGGCCGUAAAAAGAGUUUGAAAUCCAUGGCAGUCCCAUCUUUGUUUCCUUGGAAGCAGGGUUCGCCGAUCAAGCGAAAAUCACCGAGGAAAAGAACUCUGAUUUUGAAAAAAACCGCGACAAAAUCACAGGAGACGACAAUUGCGCCAGCACGAGUCGACAACUGUUCCACGUGCGAUCUAGUGACAUUUCAAGAAUCUCGCGCUUCCUCCCCGUCAACACUAGCAGAUUCGGCAAGCACCACAGUAGAAGAACCAGCUGAGGAUCUGGAAGCUCUUAUUUGCGAACUUAAACUUGAAAAUGAACGGCUUGUCGGGGAAAUCCGUAAAAUCACUAUUUCAAAUAACAAUUUCCAGUCGGAAGUAGAGGAACUUAAACGCCGGAACGAUUCCUUGCAGUCAAGAGUGUUCUGCAUUGAGAAAUUUUUGCCCUCGGAGAAGGAUAUCGCUUUUUAUACGGGGUUCCCAAACAAAAAUGUCUUAGAAAGUGUUUUCGCGUUUUUAGAUCCUGGUAAGAAAGGGGAAAAUAUAAAUUACUGGCACUCGGAUUCACCAUGUGAUGUCCCCUCCCCACCCUGUCAGAGGGAUGAGGAAGAUAUUCCCAAGCAGGGUAGGCCACGCCAAUUGAGCCCAAAGGAAGAAUUCUUUUUGACCCUUUGA